AUGAUGACCAUCGACGAGGAGCAGCAGGCAUUAUUGAAACGUGCUGCGGAAGAGCGGGAGCUGAUAUUUAAUCGAUACAGUUUGGGUUUGGAUCCCAGUAAUCAGGUGGAUCCAUGGGAAAAUCCCACUUAUGAGAUAUACCACAUAACUGAUAAGUAUGGCUUUAUGCAUGAUUCCCGCCUGCCAGAUACGCGCGAUGCGCACGAAGUGCAAAAAACCAAAAUCGAAUUGGAGCGUGACAAGAAAUGGGUGAAAAUGUUGGACAAAUGGAAUCCACAUCACGAAAAAUUGCGUAAGCGAGUUUUCAAAGGCAUACCAGAUCGCAUGCGCUGGCCAGCGUGGAAGAAAUUGUUGAAUGUUGAAGAGACAAUGGCGGCAAAUUCUGGCGUUUAUGCCAGGAUGUUGGAAUUGUCCCGCAAAUACUCCACCGAAGUCAGACAAAUCGAUUCGGACGUUAAUCGACAGUUUCGUGAUAACUUAGCCUUUCGCGAACGUUACAGUGUCAAACAAGUGUCACUGUUUAAUGUUCUAAAUGCAUAUAGCAUCUAUAAUCCCGAACUGGGCUACUGCCAAGGUAUGGCAUGUGUUGCCGGCGUGCUGUUGUUAUAUAUGCAGGAAGAAGAAGCAUUUUGGGCCCUUAACGCCCUGAUUGUAAACGAAAAAUAUGCCAUGCACGGACUCUUCAUAGAAGGGUUUCCCAAGCUGACGCGCUUUUUGGAACACCACGACCGCAUAAUGUUGAAAAUAAUGCCGAAAUUGCACAAACACUUCAUGAAACACAACGUCGAUGCAAUACUCUAUUCAAUCAAAUGGUUCUUUGUCGUAUUCGUGGAACGGAUACCAUUUAGUUUAAGCCUUCGUGUCUGGGACAUUUUUCUUUUGGAGGGCGAUCGUGUUAUAACAGCAAUGGCUAUUACAAUACUAUACCUGCACAAAAAUGAACUGUUGCGUCUAAAAGAUAUGGACUCAAUAUUGGAAUAUUUACAAGUCAAACUACACAAGAAUUUCGGAUACAACGACGACUUCGCCAUAGAGGCCUUAGAACGAGUGAUGAAGAAAUUGAAAGAGCAUAAACUAGAUGUUCCUCCGCCAGCCAAAGUAACAGAAUUUCCUACGAAACCUCUGGGACAGUUUGUCGAGGCUGAUAUUGAAAAGAAAAUAGGACGUCGCCGAUCAGAAUAUACGGAUACAGAGAAACAAGUGAUUAAUGAUGUAAUUUUGAGGCAAGAGCAAAACGCCAUAGAAGUACAAUCGACAGUAUCAUAUGAAACAUCGGAAUGUGCCACAGUAACAUUAACUGUGCCCGAGGAUAAUCAUUCAAUAAGAAGUUCGCUUGCAGGUACCUCAAUGGCCUCUCAUGGUUCAUCGGAAACCUUUUCGCUGGAGGAUAACAACAUUCAUCUAAAGACGGCCAAUGCUCUACAAAAUACACCGCAACGUGAAAUGCUUAUGGGUACCUGACGACUACCCCCCACGCCGCCUACACACAACCCAGUGAAACAGUGUUUUUCAUCACCUCCUCCGGUGGAAAA